AGGAGGAGGAGAAAGUGAAAGGGGAGGAGUGGAGGAGAAACCCCGGCCUGGUGAGGAAGAGAGAUGUGAUUGUGCGUGUUUGGGACGAGAGGAGAGCACAGAGUGAUCUCAAUCCUGGCGAAAGUCCGACCGUGAAGGGAGCGCACUUCAAUCACGUGGGUAUAUUGGUUUAGUGCCGGGCAAAAAGUAAAACUGUCGCCGGAGUGACUUCUCCUUGCACUUUGAUUUCCUCCUGCCUUUCGACCCCCUCCGCCCUGCAUUCCGCGUAGCAGCUGUGUUUUAAUGCGCACCCGAGGAGGAGAGGAAGGAGAGAAGAGUGAGGAAGAAGAGGCAGAAGAAGAAGAAAAAGAAGAAGGAGAAGUGAGAAGGCCUGGACACCACCCCUCCUCGCCUUUUGGAGGACUGUCCACUCUCCCCUCCUGGCCCUGCAUGGACGGGGAUGGGGAGAGCCGGAUGCUGUUGCCGCGGGGCUGAGCGCCUCGUCUCCCCGUCUCUGGUGCGCCGCUUCCGGCCACUGCUGCUGCUGAUCAUCGCUGUCUGCUGCGGUGCUCAACUAGGUCAGUGCCAGGUUGCCACCCCUCAUUGCCAUAUCCAGAAGUGCAACACCGACUUCGUCUCCCUGACCUCCCACCUGUCGCCGGCAGUGGAUGGCCUUCACACUGAGUUUUGCAAGGCUUUACGUUCGUACUCGGCCUGCACCCAGAAGACAGCCAAGUCCUGUCGUGGGGACCUCAUUUUCCACGCGGCGAUGCUGGGCAUCACCGACCUCAUGAGCCAGAGGAAUUGCUCCAGAGAUGGGCCCACGUCCUCCACGCGCCCUGAGGUCCAACACGAGCCCUGCAACUACCACAGUCGCACCCAGCAUGCACACACACACUCCCACGCACACGCCCCUGGCCAUAGCCACACUCGGCCUGUCUACCUGUUCUGCGGGCUGUUUGGGGAUCCACACCUGAGGACGUUUAAGGACAGCUUCCAGACUUGCAAGGUGGAGGGGGCGUGGCCUCUGAUCGAUAAUGACUAUCUGUCGGUACAGGUCACUAAUGUCCCUGUGGUCCCUGGCUCCAGCGCCACAGCAACCAAUAAGAUCACCAUCAUCUUCAAGCCCUAUGAGGGCUGCACAGACCAGAGGGUCUACCAGGCCGUCACAGACAACCUCCCUGCUGCCUUUGAUGAUGGUACAGUGAGCAGCGGAGAGCCCAUCCACAUUUCUGCUGGUGCAAAAGGUGCAACUGGGAAGGUCCGGGCCCUGUGGAUCUCUGAGCGCAGCCCGGGGCACCACGUCGAGUUGUACGCCGGCUACAUUGGUGUGACUGUGAUCGUCCGCCAGCUGGGUCGCUACCUCACCAUGGCAGUGCGGAUCCCAGAGGAACUGGCUCAGGCCUAUGAUUCCACCCAGGACCUGCAGCUCUGUCUGAACGGCUGCCCCGGGGGAGAACGCAUCGACAAGGCGGGGCAUCUCCCCCUGCCCCUUUCCCCUCCGCCACUCGGCCUGCAGCUCCAGCAGCUACGUCGACCCAGCUACUCCUCACAGACACAAGAAUCCCCCUACGGUGCCACGCAGGUUUUUAGUGUGGAGGGGGCCAAGCAACGUUGCAGGGAGCAGCUGGAGGUGCAGGACAUUUACUUCCACUCCUGUGUGUUUGAUCUCCUCACCACCGGGGAUGCUAACUUCACAGUGGCGGCAUACAGUGCCCAGAAGGACAUGGAGAGUCUUCACCCUCACCAGGGUAGAUGGAGGAUCUACCCCCGUGGCUCGGCCAUCUCCACCUUACACUCUGAUUCUCAACAUAUCAAACAACUGUCUCUGCUCUUGCUGUGUUUCCUGAGCGUGGUGCUGUGAGAGCAAAGUAGGACGUUUGUGUAUGUGUGUGCACUAGAGAGAGUUUGGGAAGUUUUUAACUAAGGCACUGAUACUGAGCACUGAAGCCUCCCUCAUGUAGAGAGGAAACAGCUGGACGGUUACUGGGAAUUUAAGUUUUUGGCCAAAAAAUACUGGCCACACUAACUUUACAUAUCUGGCAGAGUCAGCCUACUGGGUACUUACUCAAGAGAUGUGACGACGGCUUUCACAAUCUGUCUUUAUCUUUGGAUAAGACACCUGACAAUGACACAAACAUCUGUGGGUGAAUAGAGUGUGUGGAUAUACAAUCCAAACUGUAAAUAGCUUGUCUUCAGUGCACAGUGUAAUGGCGUAGAGUUUUUGUGUAAUUUGUUGUGAUUAUUCUUUGAUACCUCAGACAGAGGAUGUUUGUUUUAAACAGAAGCACUUUAUUUCCUUUUUUAUUUUAAUUUCUACAAAUCCACAUCAGUGUUUUUUUUCCUCUCUCUCUUGCUGUCCUCCACCAAUCCUCAAUGGCUCAAGUUUUCGAGACCUUCUGUAAUAUACAUUUUGAUCAUUUCAAAGUAGGUCUUUUAAAUUCAAGGAGCUGCCAUUUUUAUUGAUAUCCAUCAUUCUUUCAGUAGCUGAUUGGACUCAGCAUCUGAUUUUAAUGUGAGUAAGUCAAUGUGAGUUGUUCUCUUUUGAAUGUAUUAUGAAAAUUGUCACAGCAAAUGCCAUCAGUACUAUUCUGUUGCUGUUUGAAUUGGUUGUUUUUCCUCAGUCCUGAUUUCAAAUAUCUGGAGUGUGUGUGUGUGUGUGUGUGUGUGUGUGUGUGUGUGUGUGUGUGUGUGUGUGUGUGUGUGUGUGUGUGUGUGUGUGUGUGUGUGUGUGUGUGUGUGUGUGUGUGUGUGUGUGUGUGUGUGUGUGUGUGUGUGCCUGUGUUUUUUUUUUACCAGUUGGUGACAUGCUUGGAUGUGGUUGUUUUAUUCCCACCAUUUUGACAAGAGGCUGUGACAAUACAGGCCCAUGUUUGUUGCUCUUUGUUAUCUUUGUCGUAUUAAUUUGAGCCAAAGACAGAUAUUGUAUGUUUUUUCAUGUACAAAGGAGAUCAUAGCUCACCACCAAACCAGCACCGUUAUCUUUGUCACACUCUUCUUCUUUUAACUGCUACUGUAGAUCAUUUUUGAUGAGCUGAUCCUUUUUGGGAUAAAUGUAAGAUACUGGGGUGUAGAAAAAACACUGCUAACAACUCUCUCUGCUGAGACAUGUGCUUCAGCAGUGGGUUGUGGGAAAUGUAUGUCAUUUAAAACCUGAUAGAAAUGUCCCUUAACACUAUGAGCCUUUUUAUCCUGUAACAUUUGUAUAAUGAUGCUCUAAAUGGUUGGCAAUAAUCAGCUUAAUCUCAGUUCUUGGCAAUGUGAUCUCUUACAUCGCGUGUGUCAGUUUGGUGAAGAGUGACUGGUCAGUGUUGAAAUACUUAACUUAUUUAUGAACGUAGUGUCCUGUAGAGGAAGUUAAGCUCCAUAUUCUUGCUGUUGGAUAAUAAUUUUAAAAAAUGUCAGAUGUGAUUGUACUGCCACUUAGUGGUGCUCUGUUGCUAUGUCAGUGUGUUACUUAAGGCGCUCCAAAAACAAAAACAGAAAAAAAAACAUGGAGGAAAAAACUGUGUGCAAGUGUUUUAUUUAAAAAAACAACAACCAAUAAAGUCAAAAUGGUUCAAGUUUA